CCGAGGUACUUUUACUUAGCAUUUUUGAAAUUUCAAACGACAUAUCAUCCAAGUACUUCCGGUUCAUCUCGCUCGGAUAGGAUAGGAAAGAAAAGUUCUGAAACAAAAACGAGAAUCCGAAAAGGGCCGUAGAUUUUUCCGUUGCACACGUUCUUUGUUUACGUCACAACCACUUUUGCCUCGACGGGCUUCACUAAAUCUUUCUGACUCAGCACCGAACGUACCGAGUCCUCGACGCAGCACGUCCAUCACUAUUUCCCUGGACUAAAACACAAUUUAUUCACACUUCGUGUCCGGUUAAACCCUUCUCGGUGCACUUCGAAGCUUCGUGGCCUGGUUUAGCCUAGCUUAGCUUGCUAACAAAGAGACGCGAUUGCGAGCAAUACGUUGCUUAGCGGGGCUCAAGGUUGAGCGGAAAGUGUUGUGAUUGUCGCGUGAAAAUGUGUGCAAGAAGGACAGCAGAGUACGAGGAGGAACUUUGUGGACCAAAAGAUGAGAACGGGCCACAAUGUCAACUACUGGACACUGUUUGCAAGCUUCAGCCACCAGUCGGGUUACACACUGCAGACAUCAAUGAAGAUCAUCUGGAGCAACAGGAGCCAGAGUCCCCUCACAUUCAAGAGGAUGAGGAGCUGGAGCCCCCCCACAUCAAAGAAGAGGAGGAAGAGUUACUGCACAUUAAAGAGGAAGAAGAGGAGGAGGAUAUCAUCACUGUUCUAGUGACUAGUGUCCCUUUGAUUAGUGAAGAUCAAGAUGAAGGUGAAAGCGAGGAGAGCAGAGGGGCGGAGCCUUCGAGCAGCAACCGCUCAAGUCAACACAUGACAACAGAAGUUUAUGACCACUGUGAAGGAUCACAAGCAGCAGAUGGCCUCAUAGCUCCACUAUCAGAUGGUGAUGACACAUCACACUCUCCUGACACUGACGAUGAUGAUGAUGAUGGUGGUGAUGAUGAUGAUGAUGAUGAUGAUGAUGAUGAUGACCAGUCUGAAGGUCAUAAGAGAGGUCACACAGACAACAAACGAUGGAAAUGUUCUCAGUGUGGAAAAACCUUUGGCUAUAAGAGCCGUUUGAAAAGUCAUAUGAUUAGCCACACAGGGGAGAAACCUUUUGCCUGUUCAGUUUGUGGUCAAAGAUUCUCUGAAAAGGGAAACCUAAGGAGACACACAAGAACACACACUGGUGAAAAACCGUUUGUCUGCUCAGUUUGUGGUAAGAGAUUCACUCAGAAGGGACCGUUAAUAUUUCACACAAGAACACACACUGGGGAGAAACCUUAUGCCUGCUCAUUUUGUGGCCAAAGAUUCUCUCAUAAGGAUUACUUAAUACGUCACUCAAGAACACACACUGGAGAGAAACCUUUUGUCUGCUCAGUAUGUGGUCAAAGAUUCUCUGAUAAUGGAACUUUGACUAAACACACAAAAACACACACUGGAGAGAAACCUUUUGCGUGCUCAGUUUGCGGUCAAAGAUUCUCUCAUAAGGGGAACUUGAGAAGUCACACAGGAACCCACACUGGAGAGAAACCCUUUGUCUGCUCAGUAUGUGGACAAAGAUUCUCUCGUAAACAUGCUUUGACAACACACUCUAGAACACACACUGGAGAAAAGCCUUUUGCCUGCUCAGUUUGUGGCCAAAGAUUCUCUCGUAGACACAUGUUGACAACACACACUAGAACACACACUGGUGAGAAGCCAUUUGCUUGCUCAGUUUGUGGUCAGAGUUUCUCUAAAAAGGCAUCCUUAAGAACUCACACAAGAACACACACUGGGGAAAAACCUUUUUCCUGCUUAUUUUGCGGGCAAAAGUUCUCUCAGAAGGGAACCUUAACAAGUCACACAAGAACGCACACUGGUGAGAAACCUUUUUCGUGCUUGGUUUGUGGUCAAAAAUUUGCUCAAAAAGGUACCUUAACAAGUCACACGAGAACCCACACUGGAGAGAAACCUUAUGCCUGCUUAGAUUGUGGUGAAAGAUUCUAUCAGAAGGGUAAGGUUAAGAGACACAAGUGUGUUGGUGUCAAAAUAAGUCAUCAAUGAAAAUGAAAAUGGAGCUAUAUCAGGCCAUUGAAUUGAUUCCAACUGGACUGUUCUGGUUGUCUUGGAAAACGUUUUGCCUUUCGUUCCAGCAGGUUUCAUUAGUUCAUGCACCUCUUACCCGAGCGGGCUUCAUCAGUUCAUUAAAAAAAGGCAAGAUAUGACAG